AACUGGUCGGAAUCAUCCUAAAAUGUCACAACUUGGUGAUAGAGACAUGAUGAAGAAGUUGCCCCUGGACUUAAUAUUUUGUAUCCUAGUUCGUUUGUCAGUCUACGAUAGAGCAAGAACUAGCGCUGUGUCAAGAGAAUGGAGGCAGCUCUGGCGAAUGAGCUUCCAUCUACGUCUAGAUAAGUCACUUUUCUCACAGCUGACUUGUAAUAAAGACAAAGACGCGCACCAAUCUGUUAUUGUCAGAGCUCUUGAAAUGAUCUUUUUAAGUCGAAUUGGCCUAAUACAGAGUAUUUCGUUCUACAUUCCUCCAAAUCUUGAUCAGUGCCCUGUGGCUCGGUGGAAAGACCACAUUUUUAAUCCGAGGAUAAGAUGGUUAGGGCUUUGUAACCUUCGAAACAAAGCCUAUGAGAUCCCCUCGUGUUUCUUUGAUUGUGUGGGCUUGACCAGCUUGCAGCUCCAUACAUGGAUAUUGAAUUCCCCAUAUAAAUCUACAAGAUUUGCUAAUCUAGUACGGGUUCGACUAGGAUAUGUCAAAUUCACAGCUGACAUUUCAUUUGGGACUCGACUAAGGUCACUCGUCUUAGAACACUGUACUGGAAUUCAACACUUGGCCUGCCAAUUCACAAGUGAAAACCGUCUUAUAGAUGUGCGUGUCACUGGGAGUGAGCAACUUGAUUGGAGAUGGUUCGAAUGCACUUCACUACUUGAAAUCUUGAUUCUGAAAUACAGUUACUCCCCAAAUUAUAAACCCAAGAAGCCCUUCAAUAUGACCAAGUUUAUUGGUAAUCUGCCAAGAAUCUAUGCUUUCUGUACAAACGGCUUCGCUCUCCAGGUCUGCCGACCUGUACUCACUAUGAUAAAUGGGAGAGCAACAAAAUUUGACAACUUGAAAGAGUUGGGGUUGUGCCCGCUUGGAUCCUAUAAUUUGUGUCAGAUUUCAAAUGCGAUUUACUUAAUUAGAUGUUUCCCCAGCUUGCGAAGAUUUUUGGCAAUACUGGUCGAUGAUAAGAGGGCAAAUCCACCAGAUUUAGCAAGCAAUUUGGACUCUGUAGAUUUGAAAGACACAUCACUAUGCCAACUUCACACGGUCGAUGUAUUGGGUGUCACGGCUUCCAACUAUGUCUUCCACUUGGUGAAGCUAUUGCUUGCAUCUGCUCCGUCGCUUAAAGUGAUGUCACUACACUGCAGCGGGGAAGUUACUGAUCCUGGUGAAAGGAUGAAGAUUAAACAAGAAUUGCAACGUUUUCCUAAAUGUUCGUCGGGGGCACAAAUUUUAUUGCUUGGAUUCGGGAGCAAGUGAAACUCAUUGUCUUUCAUUCUAUUUAUCCCCAGAAAACUUGUAUUAGCUUUAAGUA